AUGACAAUGCGAUUCAAGCCCCCAGAGUUGCAAUCCUUUAAUUGGAUUUUUAAUGCAUCACCAUGUUUUCCUAUAUGUGCUUCCAAAGUUAAUAUAAUAACAGAUCCUAAACAGUUUUAUGACACUUUGUACGAAAGAUUUCGUCGUGCAAAACGAAGAGUAUCAAUAGCUAGUCUUUAUAUUGGAACAGGCGAACUUGAAAACAAGCUAAUUCGAGCAACAAUUGAUAAUGUAAUGAAGGUGGAGAAGCUUAGUUUUAAUAUUCUACUAGAUUAUCAAAGAGGAACUCGCGGCAAAAUUAAUUCGAAAACGUUAUUCGAGCAGUUUUCGAGAGGCCUAAAUAAUAAAUGUAGUUUAGCAUUGUACCAAACCCCACGGCUACAGGGCAACUGGUCAAAGGCACUUCCAUCUCGGUAUAAUGAGAUAGUCGGUCUUCAGCACAUGAAGUUAUAUAUAUCAGAUGACACAGUAAUAUUGAGUGGCGCUAAUUGUUCAAAUGAUUAUUUCCAAAAAAGACAAGAUCGUUACAUUGAAAUAGAUGACUCAGAUCUUGCCGAUUUUUAUUGUGAGCUAAUAGAUGAGGUUACUAAGUUUAGUAUGAAUGAGCACAAUGAUUAUUCACAUACUUUGCCAAAAGAAGUAAUGAUCAAGAGUCUUAACAACAAUGUCAAUGAUUUAAUAAACAAGUGGAGGGAACAGCAAAAUACAAAGUUAUCUUUACAAAAUGCAGACGAAAAAGAUACAUGGAUUUUUCCAUUAAUACAAAUGGGUGAAUUUGGCAUAAAGCAAGAUGAACAUGUCACUUGUUCCAUCCUCAAGACAGCUCCAAGAGGUGGUUAUAUAAGACUUGCCACUGGAUAUUUCAAUUUAACAGAAACAUAUUCAAAAACAUUGCUACAACUUUGCAAAUCUAAUAUUAGCUUAUUGAUGGCACAUCCCAAUGCAAAUGGAUUUAUGGGUGCUGCUGGUCCAGCCGGUGGUAUUCCUCAUGCAUAUUCUUUAAUAGCAAGAGAAUUUUGGCAGCAAGUAAUUGAAUACAAUCAAAAAAGCCGAGUUCAGAUGCUGGAAUAUGAACGCCCAGGGUGGACUUUUCAUGCUAAGGGAUUAUGGUAUUACCCAGCUGGAAAUGAUGUUCCAUGGUUAACAGUGGUGGGUUCUGCAAACCUUGGUGAACGUAGUGUGAAGAGAGAUUUGGAAGCACAAGCUGCGAUAUUUACGUCAUCACCAGAUUUGCAAAGGCGUCUUCACGACGAAUGUGCGAGACUACACAGUUAUGCGUCGGAGUGCAGCUGUAAUUUGCAAGGUCGACAAGUGCCCCUCUGGGUGCAAGCGACAGUUGGACUUUUCAGGACUUACUUCUAG